GCGUCAUUUUGUCGUGGCGAAGUAGCUGUGGGGCCGUUCUCGUCGUGUUCGUUGGCACAAAAAAUUUCUUUGUACUGAACUAUCGCACUCUGACGGUCGCUUACCUGUCGCUCGCCUACAAUCUAGUGGUAGGAGCGACUGCUGCUGCCCCUUUCGUAAACGCUACCGAAGCCGUCAACACCACCGACGCCAUUCGUCUCGAGAACGUCCGUGUGAUCCGCGCAGAGCACCGCGCGAUGAACGCACCGCCGGCAUUCGAGUCGUUCCUGCUGUUCGACGGUGAGAAAAAGGUCACCAUCGAGAAGGACACGAAGGUGCCGAACGCGGCCAUCUUCACAGUCAACAAGGAAGACCACACGCUGGGCAACAUGAUCCGCGCGCAGCUGCUCAAGGACCCCUGCGUCCUCUUCGCCGGCUACAAGGUGCCCCAUCCGCUCGAGCACAAGUUCAUCCUGCGCCUACAGACCACGCCGGACAACACCCCGCAGGAGGCCUUCACCAACGCCAUCACCGACCUCAUCAGCGAGCUGUCCUUGCUCGAGGAGCGGUUCAAGGAGGCCGUGCGCGAAAAGCACGACGGCCUGGAGUAGCGAUUCAAUCUCGCUGCUCUGAACUAUACCAAGCAGAUGGAUCUUGGUGCAAGGUGGUUGGCUCGUGUCUUAAGGAUGUCGCAGCGCAAACAAGGCGAGGACGCUGAAGAAAACGCACGUAAAACUGCCUGCGUCGCUCGACAACAUCACUUGCUUUCUUGGAUUCUUCUAAGCACCUUUCCUCAAGCGUUUAUCAGGCUUGCUUUGUCGCGGCGCCUGUCCGCUGUUUGCGCUAAAGCUUUCUUUUUUUUUUUCUUCUUUUUUGUUGUACAGAACGAGCCUGUCAGUUAGUUCCGUUGCAGUGUAGUGCGCGAAUCGUGCGUUUCAAGUUUUUCCAGCGAAGUCAUCGGAACGUGGGGGUAGGGUGCGUGACCUGCGGGAACAGCGGCGACUGCUGGAUCAACGCCGUGGUCCAAACAGUGCCGCAUUGGAGCAGCCUCACUUUGGCGAGUAGUUUUGCGACCGUUGGCGAGGCAAGUGUCGCCACGAAUGCCCUCGGAAUGUCGCCAGCUACGCCAAAAAUACUCUGCCGAGGCUGGCUUUCACUGUCACGUUUAUUUGUUCCCCGAACUCCUUUGUUCUGUCUCCUAAAAACCAAGUUUUUGAAAGAUUGCAUGAGCAUGGAGUUCAUUAUUGGGAUACUCUUUCUGAGGAAUAUUUCACAUUCAUUUAAGGUUCUGGUUGACCGAUGUGCAAAUUUGCGUAAUGAGAGAGGGCCGUGUAUUGGGGGUCGCAGAUUUGAUGACCGGAAAUGUAUCGUCCCACCUUGUAGCAAAAUAAUGAAAAGAAAUUGAAUAAAUAAAUUCUGCCCUGG